AUGAAUACACCGACUGAAUCUCUCUGGGGUAAGACUAAGAAUACACCGAUUGAAUCCCCCAGGGCUAAAACUAAGAAUACACUGACUGAAUCUCCCCGGGAGAAUAAAUCAAUCCAUCACAUUCUAUUCAUAUCUAUCUAUCUAUCUAUCUAUCUAUCUAUCUAUCUAUCUAUCUAUCUAUCAUUAUCUAUCUCUCUCUCUCUCUCUCUCUAUAUAUAUAUAUAUAUAUAUAUAUAUAUAUAUAUAUAUAUAUAUAUAUAUAUAUAUAUAUAUAUUGAUAUCUACCUGUUUCUCUCUUCUCUCUCACGUUCUUUCUCUCUCACGUUCUUUCUCUCUUUCUUCCUUUCCCCGUUAUCUCUCUCUUUAUAUAAAUAUUUUCUCUCUUUCUCUCUCUUUCUUUCUCUCCUGACUCUCUCAACCACUCUCUCUCUCUCUCUCUCUCUAUCUAUCUAUCUAUUCAUCUAUCUAUCUUUCUUUCUUUUUUUCUUUUCUUUCUUUUCUUUCUUUCUUUCUUUCUUUCUUUUUUUUUUCUUUUCUUUUUCUUUCUUUCUUUCUUUCUUUCAUUUCAUUCCAUCUCAUUAUAUAUAUAUAUAUAUAUAUAUAUAUAUAUAUAUAUAUAUAUAUAUUGAUAUCUAUCUAUCUAUCUAUCUAUCUAUCUAUCUAUCUAUCUAUUUCUUUCUUUUCUCUCCGACUUUUUCAACCCCUCUCUUUUUCUCUCUCUCUAUAUAUAUUGAUCUUCCGGUAGAAAUAUUUCCUUUCUCCAACAUUAUACUGACCUCUUCUUUCCUCCUUCUCAUUUGUUUUCUGUACCAAAUACAGUUUUGUUAG